CUAUUUAUCCCUGAAGAAAAUAUUCUCUUAGAUUAUUCCUCUUACGGUGAAUGGUAUUCUGGAUGCGGCCGAAAUUUCUUGUUCUACAAUAUAACCAAAUUGGACUGGGGAAGGGCCUCGGACCUUUGCUGCAGUUUGGGAAUGACCCUGACCUCUUUGACGUCCGCGGAUAAAACAAAAUGCUUUUCUAAAAUUGUCACGAAAUUCGCUCCGUUGACUGUUGGCGACUUCUGGCUCUCUGGAACCGACCUAGAUUGCGAUUCCAACUUUCAGUGGUGCUCUCUGGGCCGUGAUUUCGUCAACCCUGAGCUCAGGUGGAAGCAGGAACACCCGAAAGCAGGACUGGACUGCGUCUACGUCGAGGCAAGAAACGGAUCUGUAAUGCUGGCGUCCGCGAAUUGCGAUGAGCAGAAGUUGUCCUUAUGUGAAGUGCGCAAAAGGGGCACUAGUCAGGUCGCGUUGCAGAACGAAUGCAUGGAAAUUUGGCAAAUCAAUAGUGUGGAACUAGACUUGCUUACUAACACCACCGCAUUUCUUACUGCGAACAUCUCUCUCGAUCUGAAGUGCUUUUUGAAAUGCAUUGGAGUCAAAUUUGGAAUGUUUGAUGCCGGAGGAUUGAAUGCCAUCGCCAUGUUGCGACAAGUGGAACUCGCGUCUAUGGAGGAGCCUGAGAAAAUGGAGAAGGGAUUCGUGGCUUUUGACGACUGCAAUGGCAAAAAAGCGGACGAUGAGUGCGUGACUGCGUACGACACGUACAAAUGCGGCUUGGAAAAGACUCCAGACUUGGUUUCCAACAUGGUUUCCAAUAAUCUAGGCAGCGGUCCUGCGAUUGAACCUCCUACUCCGUGCGUUCCGAUACGCAGGACUUGUUGGCUCUCGAAUAAUUAUCCUUGCGUUUCAAAUCAAUCAGCUAUCAAUUUAUUUAACAGCCAGAGCAAUUUCAAUGAUGACAUGGGGUUUAAGAAGAUCUUUCAAAACAAGAAUUAUUACGUUGGCAACUCCAACGGCAGGGAUCAUGUAAACUCCUUAAGAUAG